GGUUUGCUCUAAACCACCUGUUUUGCUUUAAUCCUGAACUGAAGGCUUAGAUGAGGGGAUAAAUAGGGAAUGAGGGGUUAUACCCUGUUCUGUCAAUCAAUGCGCAUCGAAAAGCGAAGUCAGGACACCACGAAAGAAGAAGCGCUGUGUGAGAUUCGGUGUGUUACAGUUUAAGGUGAUUUAUUUCGUUUUUGCUCUAGAAUACACUAGAUACAAACGGGGCUGAUGGGACACUGAUGGUGAGCAUCAUGCACUGCGUUCCGAUGAGGUGAAAGGGAGCAAAUCCGACAUGAAUGAGGAGAACCGGAAAAGUAAUGGGUACUCCAAAGAGACGGAGGAAGGUGGUGAAGAAGGAGAGGAGGAGGAAGAGGGUGGAGGAGAUGGGGACGAGAGAGGAGAGGAUGAGGAGGACGAUUGGGAAGACAGUGGCAAACCAAGGAUAAAUCGCACAGACACACUCAACUCCAACACCAGCUCUACAGGGACACAGAGGAAGAAGAGCCAGCAUGGCAAGAAGCAAGUGCAAGGCUCCAACCAGGUGCAGCGAGCGCCAAGAGCCCUCUUCUGCCUUAAGCUGAACAACCCCAUCCGCAGGGCGGCACUGUCAAUAGUCGAGUGGAAACCUUUUGAUAUCUUUAUUCUCCUAGCCAUUUUUGCUAACUGUGUGGCUCUGGGAGUAUCCAAGCCUUUUCCUGAGGAUGACUCCAACUCUACUAACCAUGACCUGGAACAAGUGGAAUACAUCUUUCUGAUCAUCUUCACCAUAGAAACCUUCCUAAAGAUUCUGGCUUACGGUCUGGUCAUGCACCCCAGCUCCUACAUCCGCAACGGCUGGAACCUGUUAGACUUUGUCAUCGUCAUUGUGGGGUUGUUCAGUGUGGUGUUGGAGACCAUGACCCAUAAACCUGGGGAAACACACCAUGUGCCAGGGAAGCCAGGAGGCCUGGAUGUGAAAGCGCUCAGAGCUUUCAGAGUGUUACGACCUCUCAGACUUGUCUCAGGAGUGCCCAGUUUGCAGAUUGUGCUGAACUCCAUCAUGAAAGCUAUGGUUCCUUUAUUGCACAUCUCUCUUCUCGUCCUGUUUGUCAUAAUCAUCUAUGCGAUAAUCGGCCUGGAGCUCUUCAUUGGCCGCAUGCACAAGACAUGCUACUUUAUCGGCACAGAUGAUUUUGCAGAUGAUGAGCCGGUGCCAUGUGCGUUCACCGGUCAUGGUCGUCAGUGUAUUGUGAACGGCUCAGAGUGUAGGGGAAAGUGGGAGGGGCCGAACAGCGGCAUCACUAACUUUGAUAAUUUCUUCUUUGCCAUGCUGACUGUUUUCCAGUGCAUUACGAUGGAAGGCUGGACUGAUAUUCUUUACUGGAUGAAUGAUGCCAUAGGCUUUGAGCUACCCUGGGUCUACUUUGUAAGCCUGGUCAUCUUUGGAUCCUUUUUUGUCCUCAACCUUGUGUUGGGUGUGUUGAGUGGUGAAUUCUCUAAGGAGCGAGAGAAGGCUAAAGCACGUGGGGAUUUUCAGAAGCUGCGGGAGAAGCAGCAGCUGGAGGAGGAUCUGUGUGGCUAUAUGGACUGGAUCAUGCAGGCUGAGGACAUUGAUGGGUUUAAUGAGGACGGAAACAGACGUAUGUCCCUGCGUGAUCUGGCUGACAAAAAGCGAGGAAAGUUCAGCUGGUUCACCCACUCCAGCGAGACCCAUGCAAGUCUUCCAGCAAGUGAAACAGCCUCAGAGAACACAGAAAAUAUAGAUGAAGAGCACACUGACUGUUGCGCUACUUGCUGCGCUUGGAUGAUGAAAAACCCCUGCUGUCGCACGGGGCGUCGAUGGAACCGUGGCAUUCGGAGAACCUGCCGAAAAGCGGUAAAAUCGGUGACGUUUUAUUGGCUGGUGUUGAUUCUGGUAUUUCUCAACACAGCUCUGAGUGCAUCAGAGCACUACAACCAACCCGACUGGCUCACCGAAGUACAGGAAAUCGCCAACAAGGUGCUUCUGUCUCUUUUCACGGUUGAGAUGUUGCUGAAGAUGUACAGUCUGGGGCUGCAGGCCUACUUCGUAGCCUUCUUCAAUCGUUUCGACUGUUUUGUGGUGUGUGGAGGAAUUCUGGAGACUGUGCUGGUGGAGAUGGAGAUCAUGCCUCCUCUCGGUAUAUCUGUGCUGCGCUGUGUUCGGUUGCUUAGGAUCUUCAAAGUCACACGCCACUGGACAGCUCUGUCCAAUCUGGUGGCAUCUCUACUAAACUCUAUGAAGUCCAUCGCAUCGCUGUUGCUACUGCUUUUCCUCUUCCUCAUUAUCUUCGCUCUACUGGGGAUGCAGCUGUUUGGUGGCAAGUUCAACUUUGAUGAGACACAGACGAAAAGAAGCACCUUCGAUGCUUUUCCCCAGGCUCUUCUCACCUGCUUUCAGAUUCUGACAGGUGAGGACUGGAACAUGGUGAUGUAUGAUGGAAUUACGGCGUAUGGAGGCCCUGUGUUUCCUGGUAUGAUUGUGUGUCUGUAUUUUGUCAUUCUCUUCAUCUGUGGUAACUACAUCCUACUGAAUGUCUUCUUGGCUAUCGCUGUGGACAACUUAGCAGGGGCAGAUGGAGAUGACAAAAAGAAUGAAGAAAAGAAACCGGAAGAGAAGGGCCAGGAAGAAGAAGACAAUACAGAGGCGAAGAUUGACAUGGAUGAGUAUGAGGAAGAGGAGGAGCAAGAUGGAGGAGAUGAUGAAGAAGGAGGGACUCAGCUGAAUGUGGCUGAUUUUGUUCCUCCUAAAGAAAAAGUUGUGCCAAUUCCAGAAGGCACUGCUUUCUUCUGCCUCAGCAAGACCAACCCAAUAAGAGUAGGCUGUCAUAUUGUGAUCAAUCAUCACAUCUUCACUAACCUGAUCCUGGUAUUCAUCAUCCUCAGUAGUAUCUCUCUGGCUGCCGAGGACCCAAUCAGAGCACACUCCUUCAGAAAUAAUGUCCUGGGCUAUGCUGAUUAUGCCUUCACCUCCAUAUUCACAGUAGAAAUUCUUCUCAAGAUGACAGUCUAUGGGGCGUUUUUGCAUAAGGGCUCUUUCUGUAGGAACUGGUUUAAUCUGUUGGAUCUCCUGGUUGUCAGUGUGUCUCUGGUUUCCUUCUUCCUACAUUCAAGUGCGAUAUCUGUGGUGAAGAUCCUGAGAGUGCUGCGAGUGCUCAGGCCUCUCAGAGCCAUCAACAGAGCCAAAGGUCUAAAGCAUGUGGUCCAGUGUGUGUUCGUGGCUAUACGAACCAUUGGGAAUAUUAUGAUUGUUACUGCUCUGCUUCAGUUCAUGUUUGCAUGCAUCGGUGUUCAACUCUUUAAGGGUAAAUUUUAUCGCUGCACAGAUGAGGCAAAACACACACCCGAGCAGUGCAAAGGCACAUUCGUGAUCUAUAAAGAUGGCGAUGUGAAUCACCCCUUGGUACGGCAGCGCAUCUGGCACAACAGCGAAUUUAACUUUGACAACGUGCUGAUGGGCAUGAUGGCUCUGUUCACUGUGUCGACCUUCGAAGGCUGGCCCGCGCUCCUCUACAAGGCUAUCGAUGCCAACUCAGAGAACCACGGUCCCAUUUACAACUAUCAUGUGGAGAUCUCAAUCUUCUUCAUUGUCUACAUCAUCAUCAUCGCUUUCUUCAUGAUGAACAUCUUUGUGGGUUUCGUCAUCAUCACUUUCCGUGAACAGGGAGAGGCUGAGUUUAAGAACUGUGAGCUGGACAAGAACCAGAGACAAUGUGUAGAAUACGCUCUGAAAGCCCAGCCGCUGAAGCUGUACAUCCCAAAGAACCCAGUGCAGUAUAAAUUUUGGUCGAUGAUCAACUCUACAGGGUUUGAGUACAUCAUGUUCGUGUUGAUUCUCCUCAACACGGUCACUUUGGCUGUUCAGCAUUAUGAGCAGUCCAAACUCUUCAGCUAUGUCAUGGACAUCCUCAACAUGGUCUUUACAGGCCUCUUCACUGUGGAAAUGAUUGUCAAGUUGUUAGCCCUCAGACUCAAGCACUAUUUUACUGAUGCGUGGAACUCCUUUGAUGCUCUGAUUGUGGUUGGGAGCGUGGUGGACAUUGUGGUGACCGAGUUUAGUAGUUCAGAGGACAGUUCUCGGGUGUCGAUCACUUUCUUCCGUCUGUUCCGUGUAAUGCGAUUGGUUAAGCUGCUUAGCAAGGGGGAGGGUAUUCGCACACUGCUCUGGACCUUUGUUAAAUCUCUCCAGGCCUUGCCUUAUGUAGCACUACUUAUUGCCAUGAUCUUCUUUAUCUACGCUGUGAUUGGUAUGCAGACUUUUGGGAAGAUUGCAAUGCAGGCCCACACGCCAAUCAAUCGUAAUAACAACUUCCAGACAUUUCCCCAGGCAGUGUUGCUGCUCUUCAGGUGUGCUACAGGUGAGGCAUGGCAGGAGAUCAUGUUGGCUAGUCUUCCAGGGAAGCGCUGCGAUGCAGAGUCAGACUUUGAGCCCGGAGAGGAGUUCACCUGUGGCAGCAAUUUUGCCAUUGUUUACUUCAUUAGCUUCUUCAUGCUCUGUGCUUUCUUGAUUAUUAAUUUGUUUGUUGCUGUCAUCAUGGACAAUUUUGACUACUUGACACGUGAUUGGUCAAUUCUGGGGCCACAUCAUCUUGACGAGUUCAAAAGGAUUUGGUCAGAGUAUGAUCCAGAAGCCAAGGGUCGCAUAAAACACUUAGAUGUGGUGACUCUACUUAGGAGGAUCCAGCCUCCUCUGGGAUUUGGAAAACUUUGUCCCCACCGUGUGGCCUGCAAGAGACUGGUUGCAAUGAACAUGCCCCUGAACUCAGAUGGCACGGUGACUUUCAACGCUACUCUGUUUGCCCUAGUCAGAACUGCCCUGAAGAUUAAAACUGAGGGUCACCCCGACCAGGAAAAUGUGGAGCUGAGGAUCAUAAUUAAGAAGAUCUGGAAGCGCAUGAAACCCAAAAUCCUGGAUGAGGUCAUUCCUCCUCCUGCUGAGGAGGAAGUGACUGUGGGUAAGUUUUAUGCUACAUUCCUAAUUCAGGACUACUUCAGGAAGUUCCGUAAGAGAAAGGAGAAAGUGGGUAUGGGAGACCCGGACCCCCAAAUGCCAUCAGCUCUACAGGCAGGUCUGCGCACCCUGCAGGAUCUUGGGCCAGAGAUUCGCCUGGCCAUGAAUGAAGAUUUCGAGGAGGAAGAGGAGAAUGUAGAGGAAGAACAAGAAGAGGAUGAAGUAUGCUAUGAGAAUGAAAAUGGCUAUGCUGGCAACGCUGAGUCCUCAGACCGCCGCUCUUCCGUGGUCUCCACACCGACAGGUUCAUCUGCUGCUGUGUCAGGAGAAGGCUUCUCCAAUGGAGGCCUGAGUCACAGGAAUUCACUAACCAGAACACCAAAUGGCAGCAGCAUCUUAGAGCAGGAGAAGUUUAGAAGAGGAGAAAACAGACGCUCCUCCCUCUAUUUCCAGUACAAGAACGGUGUGAUCGACCUGCCAUCAAAGAGAUUAUCAUAUUACAAGCAUCCACGGAGAGACUCAAGGGAUCAAUUCAGCUCUUCACUCUCACAAAGUGUAGAUGGAGAGGAGGGGUACCCUAGGGAGCAGCUUUUCUACAGGAGGGAAGAAGAUGAGGAGGUCAUAGCACCCAGAGACAGGCAUGGUUACCCAGAUGAAGUCCCCAUGCAUGCUGGCCAUCGAGCUCAUGGGUAUGAUGGACAGCCUGCAUACACUAACCAGUAUGGCAGCAGUUAUGGCGAGGCCAGAAGGUCAGCUAGAAGACGACUCCUGCCUGCAACCCCCACUGGCCGGAAGUCAUCUUUUACCAUCCAGUGUUUGAGAAGACAGGGGAGCAGUGAUGAUCUCCCCAUCCCAGGCACCUACCACCAGAAUUUCCCUCCGUGCCGAGCACGCUCUCAAGCGUAUGGCAGUUAUGACUCACGCCACAGCAGCAGCUGUUCUUCCACAGGCUCCACGGCCUCCUGGGCAAACCCCAGCCCCCGCCGCAGUCGUCUUCUUUAUGCCCCCCUCAUACUAGUAGAGAAUGAGAGGUCAGCUGGCACAAGCAGCAUGGGCCUCUGGCAGAAGAAGGCUGAGGAUGAUGCUAGUGUGCCUGUGGCAGGGCGAGUGGCCUACACCACCCUGAGAGUGCCUACACAGCUCAGCCCGCACUACAGCGAGAAGAGAGGCAGUGCUGACAGUCUGGUGGAGGCGGUACUCAUCUCCGAGGGCCUUGGCCUAUAUGCCAAGGACCCCAAGUUUGUCGCCUUUGCCAAACAAGAGAUUGCAGAUGCCUGUCACAUGACCAUAGAUGAAAUGGAGAGUGCAGCCAGUGACCUGCUAAGUCGAGGCAGCACAGGGAGCUCUGGAGGCGGCUUCCUCAAUCACACAGACUUGGGAGGGAUCUACAGUGACGAGGAACUCGUCAGGAGCCAUGAUGAGGAUGAGCUUGCUGAUGAGAUGACAUGUGUUACCUCCUUCUGAUUCUCACAUCGAUGAAGCCAGUCAGAAAUUGAAUGGGUCAAGGAAGAGGAUAGUCAAGGAAGCAAGCACAGGCAGGCCACUGAGGUAGCCAGUGACUCUGUCAGAGAGGCAGAGAAUUGAAGCUGUAGGUUAUACAAGCAAGGUAAAAGUGAAGUAGGUUACUGAAAAAAGAAAGAUCAUGGUUUCUUUGAAGGUAUACGGAUGAAUUCCAGAGAGACUUUUUUUUUUUUUUAACCAGAAAUCAUGUUGAAUAAGAUUGAUACAGAGUUGCCAGCAUACUAUGUAGACCUAUCUAGCAUUAUCUUGCACUUUCUUGAGCCUACAGAACAGCAUUAAUUUGCCAGUGCACAGAUGCUUGAUGUGCUGUGCAGAAAUGAUUUGUUGGCAGUUGCAAAUUGCAUGGCUGCACAGCCUUGCUGUAGCCUUUCCCCUGCAUCCCCAUGAUUCUGGGUAGGGUUCUAAGGACUGUGCGGUCUGCUGAAGCUGUGAAACUCACUGUCUUUUAAGUGGAACCAUGUGACAAUAAGUGCCUUGAAACAGGAUUUAUUAUCAUCCUGGAAGUGUUGAUCUCGGUGUGUAUAAUCUGUAGUUAUGAAGGUUAUGCUGUUCAAACGUUCCUCAGUGGAUCUCAAGGGCCCUGAUGUGCUUUAAUGCGGACUUGUUGUGCCCAAUACACUGUUCAGUCCAACACUAACUGAUGCAAGAAAUGCUAGCCUGCCUGAUAUCACAUGAUGUAUGGAAUUUAUAUUGUGUAAAGGUGAAAGAUUUGUACCUAAUAAAGUGGAAACUUAAUUGUACAUGAUGUUAAAUAUGUUUUUACUUUCUGCUCUAUAUCUGAAGAAAUUCAUAAAAUGUUUAAAGUAAUUCUGCUGCUUAUCUAAUACAAAGCAAUACUUUGUGUAUGAGUGUAUGAAAUCCCAAAUGUUAACAUUGAACUUUUAUGUUUUUACAAAUGAUCACUGCAAAUCUUUUUCCACGGUUCACGACUACAUUUUUCUGUUGUGUUUUUAUUUUUCCUGUGAUUGUUUUAAAUCCUUGGCUCUACCGGCUUUUAUAAAAACAAGUUUAGUGUAUGAGACCGGUCGGAAUCGGAACCGAGUACAGCUGAGUAUUUUGGUUUAUUUUAUUGAAAUUGUUUGCAACUUCUUUGCUUUACUUGUUGUUUAACAUAUUAACUUCAACUUAUUCUUCACAUUUAUUUAUUUAUUUAUUCACAAAUAUUUACAAUGAUGUUGUUCUCUCUGAACAGAACUAGAGCUUUUAUUUAUUUAUUUAUUUAUUUAUUUAUUUAUAUUUAGCUGUAUCGGCUUAUGUCAGGCUUGAUGUGAAUAAGAAUAGCUACCAUGUUUAAUUGUAGGGUCAGUCGUAUAAUGUUUUCUUGAAAUGAAUUACAAAGAGAAAUCUGAUUUUCCUUUCUUUUGAGACUUUUACAUGCGCUACAGGCCAAAAGUAUGAAAACAGAAAUAUUUAACGUUUCAAAGUACUCCUGCCUUGUGUCCAGCGUUCUAGGAUCCACUGUGACCUGACCAGGAGAAAGCUGUUAGUGAAGAUGAAUGAAUGAAAUUAUUUUACAAUUAAUUCAGUUUAACUAUACAAAAUCAAUAUAAAUAUGAAUUUAAAUGAUUUAGAUGUAUACUGAUGUAGACACUUCAGAAAACUGUUUUGUCCUGUGUUGAUAUUACUGUUCACUUACAAAAAAAUAAUAAUAAUAAUAAUAAUAAUUGCACUGCUCCCAAACCUAUGGCCUAAAGUGAAACUCAUUAUAUAUACCAGUUCUUCUGGAAUUGAAAUAUGUAAAUACUUGUCUAUAUCAUAGUAGAUGUUCUAUAUCAUUGUAAAAGUUAAAGACAUCUAUCAAAGAUUUUUGGGAAA